UGUUUUGGGCGGGGCCCCUGAGUGUGUGUAGAAAACAGCGAUUGUCCCCUGGUUGAGCCGCAGCCGGGCGGACAGGGUGGAGGAGCAGCCGGGAAGGUGAUCGCGUUUGGCCCCUGGGAGGAAAAAAUAAAUAAAGAAGAUGUGCAAUGUACAGCAGGCAGAAGUGGCCCCCAGGCCGGGCCCCGCGGUGUGCAGGAGCCUGUUCGGACCGGUGGAUCAUGCCGAGCUGAGCCGGGAGCUGCACAGCAGGCUGCGGGAGAUAGAAGAGGAGAGCAGCCGCAGGUGGGACUUCGACUUCCACAGGGAGGUGCCCCUGCCCAGCAGCCGCUAUGUCUGGGAGGAGAGAGGGGGGGACUCGGUGCCAGCCUUCUACAGGGCACCCCACAGGGUGAGGGGCACCAACAACACCCUACAGGGCCCUGGGGACACCCAGACUGAACCCAGUGCCAGCACCCAGACUGCACCCAAUGCCAACUGCAUUCCCCCUAAUGCCAGCCAGCCUGCAACCAGUGCCAGCACCCAGCCUGAGCCCAAUGCCAGCCAGCGGUGCCAAGCGACCCAACCUGAGCCCAAGGCCAGCCAACGGUGCCAGGCCGCCAGCAGCAGCCCCCAGCCUGCCCCCAAUGCCAGCACUGAACUCCCCAACAGCACCCAACCUGCUGCCAUUGUCCAGCCUGCCCCCAGUUCCAGCACUCAACCCAACAGGACCCAGCCUGCCCUCAGUGCCAGCAGUGGACCCUGCAAGAGGAGCCACCCCGUGUCUCAUAUUACAGGUUUCUUUCCAGUGAAGAAAAAGUCAAAAGUUGUGAAGGCACUUUGUGACAAGUUGCACUCGCAUUCCCCCAUCCUGACAGAGCACACGCCCCGCAAGAUGCUCCGAUGAUUGAGAUUUGCACUUACAGAGCUGCCCAAACCUCAGCACAAAGGAGGAGACUGGGACAAGCCGGAGAGUCUCCCUGAGCCGCCAACGUACGAGGAAUUAAAGAAGACUGGCGACAAAAAAAAUAAAAAAACAUCGGCCAAUAAAUGAGCACCAACUGUGAUUUCUUUACAAACCAUGUGUAGAACUGCUGUGGCUGGAAAUCCCUUCUGAAAAUGCCGGUUGCCUGGUCGUCAUGCUCAUCCGUUACGCUCAGUACUUUGUAAGCCGCUGACCCGCGGGACAAGUCUACAGCUCAGGACUUCCUACUAUGUGUGUUCCCCAGGUCAGCGACGCCGAGAACUGAACCCACAGACAGCCAGGGAGAUGGCAUUUUUAGAAGAACAUUUUGGAAUGGCAGCCCCUGUUUUUUUUUUUUUUUUUUUUUUUUUAAACAGGCUUCCUUUUUUAUUUUUUAUUUUUUUUAGGACAUUUUCACCCAAAACUGAGAUUUCAGUUGGCGAGUCAAAUCACUCUUUAGGUUCUUGUACAGAUCAGGAUAUCCUCUUGUGAGAACGCGUUCUGCCCCGGCGACAAGAAACCAGUAUUUCUAUAAUAUUCAUUGCAAUGUAAGAAAUGGCGGCAUUCAUUAAAGGGGAAAGGUAUUAAGGAGUUUGGGGUCUUUAUCUUGGAAUAUAUAUAUAUA